AUGCCGUUCGCGCAGGUUGUGCUGGGGCCUCCUGGCUCGGGCAAGACGACGUACUGCAAUGGCAUGCAGCAGUUCUUGCAAGCGAACAGGCGAGACGUGGCGGUCGUCAACAUGGAUCCGGCCAAUGAGCAGCUGCCAUACGUCGCCGACGUGGACGUGUCCGACUUGGUCUGCCUCGAGGCUGUUAUGGACGAGAUGGCCCUCGGUCCGAACGGCGGACUCGUGUACUGCAUGAACUAUAUUGACGUGAACUUUGACUGGCUGGACAAGAAACUCGCGGCGCUCGAGGACAAGUACGUGCUGUUCGACUUUCCAGGGCAAGUGGAGCUCUACACGCACGAGAAUAGUGUGCACAGCAUUUUGCAUAAGCUGCAAAAGAGCAGAUAUCGACUGGCGGUAGUGCACCUCGUGGAUGCCCAUCAUUGCACUGACAGCUCCAAGUUCGUGUCAGUGGUCAUGCUGAGCUUGUCUUCGAUGGUUCGGCUUGAACUGCCGCACAUCAACGUGCUCUCCAAGAUCGACCUCAUGCAGCAGUAUGGCAAAACAGCGUUCAACUUGGACUUUUACACGGACGUGCUCGACUUGCGGUACUUGCUCGAUCGUUUGGAUGAGCCGGACGACGCUGAAGAUGAGCAGCAGAUCUCGCUCGAGCCGCGGCAGUCAGCGAUCCCCACGUCGCGAUUCGCUGAGCGGUUUCGCCACAUGAACGAAGCUUUGAUCAAUGUGAUUGAAGACUUCAGUCUCGUGAGCUUCUUGCCCGUGCAGAUCGAAGACCCCGCGACACUGCAGAAACUCAUUGCGGCUGUCGACAAGGCCAAUGGUUUCGUGUUCACGGGUGUAGACUUCCAGACCGCUGUCGUCAAAGAUUACGCGUUUGGAGACCAGCGCGCACCUGAUGUCCAGGAGAAGUACAUUGACCAGUAG